GACAGAAUUUAUAAAGGCAGCAAAUCUCUCACACCCACUUCCUUCUCCCUUUCCCAUUUCUUGCUUUCAACUCUUUCCCUAUUCCAAUUGCCAUUUCCAAACAACUUGUCCCGAUAUUUAGAUCCGUUCCUAAAUACAAAAACCGAUUUCAAAGAAUCCUUUUUUCUUUUCCUCUAUCAGAAAUAUUAACUAACUUUUUAUUUUCUUAUUUAUUUUCAUUUUUCAUUGCUGUUCUCUUUGAAUUGCUAAUGAACUGAUUUCUCGUUAGGUCUAAUUGCGUAUCGAAGUCAGAUUUUCCUUUUCUCUAUAUUACUUUUUAUCUUGUUAAGAAUUCUUUAUAUUCUUGCUUACUGUUUCCCCGGUUUGAAUCCGUUUUGUUGCUUCCCUUGUUCCUUUUCUGGCAUAAAGCUUUACUCCAUUCUAACCUUUGAUUGAAUUGAAUUUCUUCAUUUCUUCAUUUCUUCAUUAUACAAAAGGUUUCCCUUUUUGUGUUCAUUACAAUUCUUGAUUCAGCUAGCCCUUUUCACAACGCCUUCAUGUUACUCCAAAUUAUUUCCGGCAGAAUUUCUUAUACAAUCGAUAUUCAUCCUGAUACGAUUAUCGGAGAAAUCUUCGACCUUCUGUCCCGUCAGGGUGUCCUUCCCGACAAUGCAAAACUGUUUUAUCGCUUUUAUUACCAUGGCACCCGUCUCAAUAUGGCAUUAACUUGCAAAAGUUAUGGAAUCUUACAAGACUCCAUAAUUUACUUUUCUCCAUUGUCUUCUUCCCCACUGGAUCACUCUGUCUUUGAUGACUCUUCUCCCUUGUCAUUUUAUUUGACCGUAGAACCUAUGCACCCUUCGGAAUUCUCUUCUUCCCUUUCCAAAUCAAACUAUAAAGCUACGAUUCCUCCCUUGCCGUCUUCAGAAAAAAAUUCUGCCAAGCCUAGCGCUUCCUCCCACCCGUUCAAAAAACGCUGUUCACAUCCCACUUGUACGAAAAUGACUCUUCGCCUGGCUGGUCACUGCAUACAUUGUGAUCUGGCUUAUUGUGCCGCUCAUCGGCUCAUGGAAGACCAUAAUUGCAAUGCUCUCAAGAAUCUGCGCAAGGAGGAACAUGAACGAAAUCGUCUUAAACUAGAAAAAGAACAUUGUGACGGAUUAAUAAGUAAAGUAUAAACUAGUUUCAUAUUUGUCAAAUCCUGGCUUUUACUCACUUUCCCGGCCAUAUUUUCUUCCAACCGAUUGAUUGAAUUUUGCUCUAUACUUUUUGUUUGCAUGUUUUCAACCUCCGCCUUUUUCUGUUCCAACUGUAUGCUUCAUGGAUCUUUUAAUCUUUCAGUGAACCUUUACGAAUCUAUAGUCCUGACGUUUCACCCUUGUUUUAAUGUUUUUUUUAUGAAUGAUUAUUCCUUUCCGUACCUGCAUUCGUGGCUUUCCUGAUCUACUCUUUUACGAACACAUUAACUUAUAUUCAAACUCCUUUUUGCUUCCCGAUUUGUUGCAGCAUCCCUUAACAGAUUAUUUUAUUUUCUUAUCUUGUUUAUUAUGCAUCCUAGUCAACGAAACGAUUUUCCUAAACUUCAUUUCUUUUGUUUUGUUGUAUUCUCUUUUCCAUUCGCAUUCUUCUUUGACAUGAUAGAUAUCUUCACGAAUGGCAUGGUAAUGGGUUGACUACAAAGCACCAUAAUCCGCAUACAUGUUUCGAAUGAAAAUACUUAUGGCCUUAAAAAUAUAUAAUAGUCUCUAAAUUUACCUCCUUUCUAUAUUUCAUUUCAACAAUAUUAAGUAAAGUACCUUGGAAUUGCUGUCCUCUUGUUUGAGUAGACAUUUUCUCGGCAUUCCGUUGACUGUCCAUAUAUCUUUUUCUUGAUUUUCAUUUAGGUAAUUCAUUCUGCGUAUGAACCAAGAAUCAACUCUUGUCUGAUGUUUUAUUGUUUUAUUUAUUCUGGUUCAACUUAU